GUCACAACCGCCGCGCACCCGGAAGUGGCGCGGGGCCGGUUGCCAUGGGGCGGCCCGGGAGGAGCAGAGCAGGGAUGGCUCAGGGCAGGUUGGAUGGUCCUGGUCCCUCUGAGGUCCCCAGCUGAGGCUCCAGCUGCUCCCUCUGUGCCCUGACCCCAAAAUGGGCAGGAUCAGCAUCUCCUGCCUGCUCCCAGCCUCGUGGCACUUCAGCCUGUCCCCUGUGGGCUGUCCCAGGAUCCUCAACACUUCCCUGAGGCAGCUGCUGCUGCUGGGGGCGGCGGCUGCAGCCGGGGCCCUGCUGCUCUGCUCGCUGCUGCUGCUGCGCGGCAAGUACGGGGAGAAAAGGUCCCACAGAUACCUGGCCAGGGUGACAGACACGGAAGCCACGGACACGAGGAACCCGAACCUGAACUACGGGAUCGUGGUGGAUUGCGGCAGCAGCGGCUCCAGGGUGUUCGUGUACUGCUGGCCCCGGCACAAUGGCAACCCCAAAGACCUGCUGGACAUCCAGCAGAUGAGGGACAGCAACAGGAAACCCGUGGUGAUGAAAAUCAAGCCAGGCAUUGCAGAGUUUGCCAGCUCUCCUGCCCAGGUCAGUGAUUACAUCUCUCCCCUGCUGAGCUUUGCUGCUGAGCACGUUCCACGUUCCAAGCACAAGGAGACUCCUCUGUACAUCCUGUGCACGGCAGGCAUGAGGAUCCUGCCUGAGAGCCAGCAGAAAGCCAUCCUGGAGGAUUUGCUCACAGACAUCCCCGUGCACUUUGAUUUCAUUUUCUCCGACUCCCACGCCGAGGUGAUUUCUGGCAAGCAGGAAGGAGUCUAUGCCUGGAUUGGGAUCAACUUUGUCCUGGGGAGAUUCGAGCACACGGACGAUGAGGAUGAGGCCGUGGUGGAGGUGCAGCUCCCCGGCAGCGAGCACCGCGAUCCCGUGUUCCGCAAGCGCACCGUGGGGAUCCUGGACAUGGGCGGCGUCUCCACGCAGAUCGCCUACGAGGUGCCCCCAAGUGAGGAAGUGGCCAAGAAUUUGCUGGCAGAGUUCAACCUGGGCUGUGAUGCCCACCAGACCGAGCACGUGUACCGUGUGUACGUGGCCACCUUCCUGGGCUUCGGCGGCAACGCUGCGCGCGCCCGCUACGAGCAGGGCCUGGCCUCCAGCGCCCUGCUCAGCAACAGGCUGCAGGGCUCUCAGGCCGGGCUCAGCCCCGACUCCCCCAUCCCUGACCCGUGCCUGCCGCGGGACGCGCGCCAGGAGCUGCAGCAGGCCGGGCUGACGCUGCACCUGCGCGGCACCGGCCACUUCCAGCAGUGCCGGCAGCUGCUGCGGCCGCUGCUCAACAGGACCAGCCAGAGGCAGAGCUCCCUGAACGGCGUCUUCCAGCCCCCCCUGCACUUCCAGAGCAGCGAGUUCUACGGCUUCUCCGAGUUCUACUACUGCACCGAGGAUGUGCUGAGGAUGGGCGGGGAUUACAGCGCCGCCAAGUUCACCAAAGCUGCACAGGAUUACUGUGCCACCAGGUGGUCGGUGCUGCGGGAACGCUUCGAGCGCGGCCUCUACGCGCCCCACGCGGAUCUGCACCGGCUCAAGUUCCAGUGCUUUAAAUCCGCCUGGAUGUUCGAGGUUUUCCACCGGGGCUUUUCCUUCCCGGAGAGCUAUGGGAGCCUGAAGACAGCACUGCAGGUCUAUGACAAGGAGGUGCAGUGGACCCUGGGGGCCAUCCUCUACAGGACCCGCUUCCUGCCCCUCAGGGACAUCCAGCAGGAGAAUUUCCGUGGGAUCCACUCCCACUGGAGGAGUUUCUCCUUUGUGUACAACCACUACCUGUUCCUGGCCUGCUUCCUGGUGGUGCUGCUCUCCAUCCUGCUGUACCUGCUGCGCCUGCGCCGCAUCCACCGCCGCGUGUCCCACGGCAGCUCGCCCGCUCUCUGGGGCCAGGAGGGGCUGAGCCCGCAGAAAGGGCCGGGAAACCUCUGAGAGUCAUGCUGGGAAUCCUUGGGAAUCACACUGGGAAUCCUGGGAAUCACACAGGAAAUCCUGGGAAACCUCUGAGAGUCACGCUGGGAAUCCUUGGGAAUCACACUGGGAAUCCUGGGAAUCACACAGGGAAUCCUGGGAAUCACACAGGA